CCUCGUCAUGAGACUUGUAAUGAAUUCAGAAAUCGGUUAUGCGUUACAUACCACGCACGAUUUAGUCACCGGUAUGGACAGAUUCAACGUUUUGCGACAGUUCACUGAAAUGUAAGGAGACACGCAAGAUAUCAUCUUUUGAAGAAGGGAGGAACUCUUUUAUUGUCGGCUUGUUAAUGGAUAAGUAAGGUAGGGGACUAAUGAAGGCGAUUUUUUCAGACGGCAUUUACAAGACAAUUCCUUGUCAUCUCUGCAAUCAACCAGUUGUCAAAUAUCACUGAAAACUUUAUUUGAACUCAUGGAUGCCUUGGGAGUAAUCUCAUUUGUAAACAAACCUUUGAAAUUGCAUGUCACAUAAGGUGAAAGAUCCAAAAUGAGCGUGUGGAUUUCAAAAUGCAAAUUUCAUUCAGGAAGUGCCGUGAUGCAUAACAAGAUUUGUAAUUCAAAGAACUGUGCUAAUUGUGGUAACACGUUUCAUCUAACUUGUUUUGAGACAAACAAAAGGUUAACAGUCUUUCAUUUAGUAUUCACUCAGUUAACUUGGUAUAAUCACGACAUUCAGUUUUCGUUAUCACAAGUUCAUCGCUUUUUCGUCGUUUUGUUUACAGCACAAAAGUCCUGCAUCUUCAACCAUGACUUACGAAGUCCUUACUAUUGUAGCUUUAGCCCUGUCAGGAGUGGUGGGCGUCUGUCAAGUGUUCAUCUUUAUUUCCGUCUUCCAUUUUUCUGUCAAACUGAGACGAAUACAGCAAGCAGUUGAUCAUCUUGCUAAGAUGAAAAUCGUAGAGAGAAACAAAGUGGAAUCUUUGAUGCGGCUACCUCCGACACCCCGGCCAGGAGAAACCGUCACUAUGCUUUGCCGCGAACCACAUCCUGAGUUACCAGAACAGUUCGUUAUCACUGAAGGUACAUCUCGACUAUCGGAACCAAGACAUUUUAAUAUUACAUUGAUAGAUCAACAGAAGAACGAAGGAUUUGAAAACAGUGAAUGAUCAGUGAUUCUAAGAACUUCCCUCUCAACUUUGCGAAACAGAGGACAUGAUUUUAUUUUACCUGCUGCUAAAACAGAACGCUUUAAGAGAUCUUUUAUUAAU